CUGUAAAUCAUACUCUCCAAGUAUGUUUGAUCUCCAACGGAUGUGUGUUAUCGUGGCUUCUCUGCUUACGUAUUCUGUUGUGCUUAUAUUUGUUGUGACAAAAUAUUACAACACAUCUCAAACAACUGUGUACAAAGAGCCGCGUAAUGCGAAAUUCAUGCAAUACAGAGGUUUUUAUUCAUCUGUUGAAACAGCAAUACAGCAAGAAAGCAAAAUGACACAAUCUAAAGAGAAUUUCGAUUAUGAACGACUGCAGCAAAAUUUCAGGAACGAAGCUUGCCCGAAAAGAAAUUUGACAAGACCCAACAAUUCUAUUAAACGCACGGGACUGUUGAGCUUUCCUGCGUCGGGUAACACGUGGACCAGACAUCUCAUACAACAGUUAACAGGUUUUGAAACAUGUCCUGCUCGAAUGCGAGAUGCCUGUAUUGUCUACAAAAGUCACAAGUCAUCCACCUUGGCAAUGGCACCUUUUGAUAAAGCAAUAAUUAUCAUACGGAACCCAAUGUAUUUGUUGAAGUCUUUUUUUCAUUUUAAAUACGGAGAACAGGAGGGCAAGAAUCUAUCAGAACGAAACAGAGUAGAAAGGCACAAGGGUUUUGCAGACACAUCAUUGUUCCAAUCACAAAAUAUUUGCAAGGCCGCGUCUGUAGAAACAAAAUACACCAAAAACUGCCUCCGAGCAACAUCUAUCCAGUUGUUAAACGACAAGGGUUACGAAGCCUACCACAUAAUGAUUAUGAGUGGUCACAAAAGCGAAGCGUCGCUGAGAUCAUACAUUCAAAACAUGUUCACAACUCAAAAGAAAUCAUUAAGUACGACAUUAUCAUCCAUGACCGGAGAUAGUGAGCCCCAGCAGGUGCAGUCUAAUAACGCACUAGUCCUUCCCUCUAAAUCACAGUCGGCCAUUAGUAGUAGCACAGUGACAAACUGA